AUGUCAUUUACUGCGUUUUGCCAUUUCUUUCUUUAUCGUUUAACCCUUCUCAGUCAUAUUUUUCGAGCCAUUCAUCGAUCAUUUAUUGUUGUUGUUGGUGGUGGUGGUAGUAAUGGUGAUGUCUUUUUCUUCGCCACCCAUUCUUUCUUUCUUUCUGUUCCCCAGUACGAAACAUCGAGCAAAACUUCAGACCUAGAUCCCUUUCUGAUCACUUUUCAUAUUCACAUGUGCUUUUUGCACGCGCCACCGGUCACACAGUUUUAUUUUUGUCUGUCAGAUUUCAUAUCUACUUAUCUCUAUCACACUCUCUUUCUCUCUCUCUCUCUCUCUCUCUUUCUCCCCUCACUGUAUCUAGGUAUCUAUGCCAAUAUGGUCCCUAUCUAUCUAUCUAUCUAUCUAUCUAUCUAUCUAUCUAUCUAUCUGCGCGUGGCCUACUAUUCUAUCUAUCUAUCUAUCUAUCUAUCUAUCUAUCUAUCUAUCUAUCUAUCUCAUUCCAUAUCCAUUGCUCGCUGUUUAUAUCUAUCAUUUGUCAUAUCCAUCUCUAUUUCUUUCUUUCUCUCUUUCUCUCUCUCUUUCUCUAUCUCUAUCUAUCUAUCUAUCUAUCUAUCUAUCUAUCUUAUUGUUCCUUUGUAUCUCUUUUUACUCCUACUUUUACUUCAUUUAUUCUCAUUUUUCCGUCAUUUUUGCCUUUUAGUCUAUUCAUUUAAUUCAAUUCCUUUAUCACUUCCCUUCUUUACAUCUCUUUCUUAG